AUGGAUUCUGAUUCCGACACCACAGUGCAAAAGCAGCUCGAUGCAGCGAUGCCAUGGGUUGGCUUAUACAUCGCGGCAGCUUCUAUAGUGUGCAUCCUUGCAAUGGUGGCCGACGCUUUCAACAGCUUCCGGCGCAAGAAGCUAUGGUUCCCCUGCAAAUACACCUCUCUCAACGCCGCUUCUUUGACUCUAUUAGCCGUGGCAAUGAAGCUGCCCAUGGAUCUCAACACCGUCAUGAUCAACUCCAUCACAGAUGCAGCUGCAAAGUACACCAGCUUGCUCUUCAUGUCAACCGCUCUCAACACUCUGAUGCCUUCUCUGGGGUCCAUGAACGAGAAAGAGGUUCUCACAAAUGGCGUUGGCCUAGCCCUUCUCGUGGUCACCAUCACGGCUAAUGUUGCCAUUCAUACCAUUGAGGUGCAACGUUUCCUAUCACUAGCAAUUAUCCUUUCUGCUGUGAUGUUAGUUUCUCUUGCGAUGCUAGUUUGCCUGGCGCUUAGCGUGUCAGCAAUGAAGAGGAGUUUGAAACUGAAGUACGAAGAGAAGCACAGAGAGGCUUUGGAGAAGGAAGAAGAAUUGGUGGAGAACUUCAAGAUGGAUGAUCAGAAAAGACAGAUGAUGAAAUACUGGGUGAUGGCUGAGAGCAGCUGCCCUCAGUUUGUGAUAGCACGUUCUUGUGUUUGCGCAGCUUCAUCUAUGAUUACCUUCUUUUUCGUGAUCACGUAUACUUUGUUUUAUGUAAUUCGUGGGAUAAUCAAGCAUGUGCCUGGUAAGACACCCUAUGGAGUUUACACCAAAAAGAUUGUAGAUAUUCAGUCAUAUGGGGUGGGGAUAGCAGUAAUUCUGGCUAUGUUGAGAUGGUUUGUCGCCGUCAUGUUUCGUUGCUCAUCAAGAAACACGUGGAUGAUCGAAAGCUACUGGAUUCAGACGCUCAAGGACUGUAGAAACAGUUCUGCAGGCAUCAAAAUUGGGCCAAACAGAUGGGGCAAAUGUGUUCUUGAUGCAAAAUGGAGUGUGCUAACUUUCUGCAUUGGGGUUCAGUGUUUUAUUGUUCUUGCAAGCAAAAUGCUCAUCUUCUUUUCUGGCUUCAUGGUGGCUCCAUUUGUACUGUGCUGCUCUCACAUCGACAAGUUUGUGAGAAGGCAUCAUGAUACAUCAUCGGGUGGUGGUGACAUGGAUCUGAACUACCUAAGCACAAAGGCAAAAGGCCAAGGAGCAUCAGUUUUUCUUCAUGUGUUAAAGUAUUCCACCGCAGAUAUUCUUGAACCUGCGAAACUGUACAAGCUGAAGCAUCUAUCAAAAGUCGAAGUUGUUACAAAUGAUCCUACCAGUUGUACUUUUAUGCUGGGAUUUGAUAACCUCAGAAGCCAGAGUGUUGCCCCACCUCAGUGGACAAUGCGCAAUGUUGAUGACAGGAACCGAAUACUGCUUUGCAUCUUAAAUAUCUGCAAGGAUGUGUUGGGUCGUCUUCCUAAAGUUGUUGGUAUAGACGUUGUGGAGAUGGCUCUUUGGGCUAAGGAAAAUACACCAGCCAUUUCUAAGCAACAAGGUGUCGUUCAAGAUGGGCCUAUUGUGGCUGCAGUUGCAGAAACUGACACAAAAGUGACUGUUGAAAGGGAACUUGUAUCUCAAGUGGAGGAAGAGGAUAUGGAGGCUCUUUUAGGAACUUAUGUUAUGGGAAUCGGUGAAGCCGAGGCAUUUUCUGAGCGGUUGAAACGAGAGCUUCAAGCAUUAGAAGCAGCAAAUGUGCAUUCAAUUUUAGAAAACGAACCUUUAAUAAAUGAGGUAUUACAAGGGCUUGAGUCAGCUAAUAGCUGUGUGGAAGACAUGGAUGAAUGGCUAGGUAUUUUCAAUUUGAAACUUCGCCACAUGAGGGAGGACAUAGAGUCGAUUGAAACGCGAAAUAAUAAGCUGGAAAUGCAGUCUGUAAAUAAUAAAUCUCUGAUUGAAGAACUUGAUAAGCUUCUUGAAAGACUGCGUAUCCCAUCUGAGUAUGCGACAUGCCUUACAGGGGGCUCAUUCGAUGAGGCUCGCAUGCUUCAGAACAUAGAAGCUUGUGAGUGGUUAGCAAAUGCAUUAAGAAACCUUGAAGGUCCCCACUUGGAUCGUACCUAUGCAAACAUGAGAUCUGUUAGGGAGAAGCGGGCAGAACUUGACAAGUUGAGAAAUAAUUUUGUCAAAAGAGCAUCUGAAUUCCUGAGGAACUAUUUUACUAGUUUGGUGGAUUUCAUGAUAAGUGAUAAGAGUUACUUCUCUCAGCGCGGACAACUGAAGAGGCCAGAUCAUGCGGAUUUAAGAUACAAGUGCAGAACAUAUGCACGCCUCUUGCAACACUUGAAGACUCUAGAUAAGAAUUGCUUGGGUCCACUGAGGAAAGCUUAUUGCAGCUCUUUGAAUUUGCUUCUACGUCGAGAGGCCCGUGAGUUUGCAAAUGAACUUCGUGCUAGUACUAAGGCAUCAAGGAAUCCGACGGUGUGGCUUGAUGGUUCCACAGGAUCUAAUCAAAGUGCCAGUAGUGCAGACACAUCUACAGUUUCAGAGGCAUAUGCAAAAAUGCUGACCAUUUUUAUUCCUCUUCUAGUGGAUGAGAGCUCUUUCUUCGCGCACUUCAUGUGCUUUGAAGUGCCAGCUCUUGUUCCACCUGGAGGCCUUGCCAAUGGCAACAAAAGUGUACUCACUGAUGAUGAAAACGAUGAUGAUUUGGGCAUCAUGGACAUUGAUGAUAAUGACAAUGAUGUUAAAAAGUCUGCAGAUCUGCAGGCUUUAAAUGAAUCACUUCAUGAUUUGCUUGAUGGGAUACAGGAAGAUUUCUAUGCUGUUGUGGACUGGGCAUACAAGAUCGACCCCCUUCGUUGUAUAUCUAUGCAUGGUACAACAGAACGCUAUAUUUCUGGUCAAAAAGCUGAUGCGGCAGGAUUCGUGCGUAUUUUGCUGGAUGACCUCGAAAACAGAAUUUCUACGCAGUUCAGUCGUUUUGUGGAUGAAGCUUGCCACCAGAUUGAGAGGAAUGAGCGAAAUGUUCGACAAGUGGGAGUCUUGUCAUAUAUACCAAGAUUUGCUACUCUUGCAACACGUAUGGAGCAAUACAUACAAGGACAAUCAAGGGAUUUGGUUGAUCGCGCUUACACAAAGUUUGUAACUGUAAUGUUUGUUACAUUGGACAAAAUUGCUCAAUCAGACCCAAAGUAUGCAGAUAUUUUGCUUUUAGAAAAUUAUGCAGCAUUUCAGAACAGUCUGUAUGACCUGGCCAAUGUCGUGCCCACUUUAGCAAAGUUUUAUCACCAAGCAAGUGAAGCGUAUGAACAAGCCUGCACACGCUUUAUAAACACAAUUAUCUUAUAUCAAUUUGAACGGCUCUUCCAGUUUUCUCGCAGAAUAGAGGACUUAAUGUACACAAUUACACCAGAAGAGAUUCCGUUCCAGCUUGGAUUGUCGAAAAUGGAUUUACGCAAAGUUGUGAAAUCAAGUCUAUCCGGGGUUGACAAAUCCAUCGGAGCAAUGUAUAAACGAUUACAGAAGAAUUUGACCUCAGAGGAGUUGUUGCCUUCACUAUGGGACAAGUGCAAGAAAGAGUUUCUUGACAAGUACGACAGCUUUGCCCAACUCGUCGUUAAAAUUUAUCCAACUGAGUCCAUCCCUCCUGUUCCAGAAAUGAGAGAUCUACUGGCAUCUAUGUAGAUGAGCGGCCAGUGACUUUCAGUUUUUGUGUUAUGAUUGUAAAAAAGUUGCUGGUCAUAUUCAUUUUCCUUCUCUCUCUUCCUUGUAUUUUGGCGGAUGCUCGCGAUCUGUCUGUUGUAUUAGAGAUUACACGCUUGAUUCAUGAUCGUUAUGCUUAGUGUAAAUCUAUUUCUUCAA